CUGUCAUGCUGCAGAUCUUUUCUCCAUGUGAGGCUUUGCUGAAACUACAGCGUCUCUAUGACUGGAUGUGAAUUCAGCAUCUGAGCAUUGUCCAAAGGAACGACUGAAUGCAGCUCUUCCAGCAGGUCUGGGCUCUGCUAUGAAUCAGUGUGAGGACAGAGAGGAGGGAGCCCCUCCCUCUAAUACCACUCUGUGUGGGGAACAUGAGAGCCAGACCAGAGCUCAGAGGAUGCAGCAGCAGAGACCAGAGUCUCCUGAUCCCAGCUGUGUGUCCAUGAAGAGUGACUGGUCUAUGGAUCAUCCUAUUAAGUUUAAAGGUGGACAACCUGCUGAUGAAAGAGUUCAGCAGGAGAGCUCAGAGGUCCACAGUGAUCAGUCUGUCCAGCAGCAUCAACCAGACCUGGACUCCAUAUUUACGCUGCUGGAGGAGAACAUUGCCACUUUUGUGAAGAACGAGCUGAAAAGAGUCCAGAGGGUCCUGAGACCAGAUUACACAGAAUGCUCAGAGAGUCAGAGGGAGGAUGAGGAGGUGUUGGAUGGUGAGGAUGAAGAACAGAGGAGGAGCAGCAGAGAGGCAUUUCUGAAGGUCACACUGAACUUCCUGAGGAGCAUGAAGCAGGAGGAGCUGGCUGACUGUCUGCAGAGCAAAAGUCAUGCUACAAUUUGCCAACGUAAACUCAAAUCUCACCUGAAGAAGAAGUUCCGGUGUGUGUUUGAGGGGAUCGCUAAAGCAGGAAACCCAACCCUUCUGAAUCAGAUCUACACAGAGCUCUACAUCACAGAGGGAGGGACUGGAGAGGUCAACGAUGAACAUGAGGUCAGACAGAUUGAAACAGCAUCCAGGAAACAAUUCAGACCAGAAACAACCAUCAGACAAGAAGACAUCUUUAAAGCCUCACCUGGAAGAGAUGAACCAAUCAGAACAGUGAUGACAAAGGGAGUGGCUGGCAUUGGGAAAACAGUCUUAACACAGAAGUUCACUCUGGACUGGGCUGAAGACAAAGCCAACCAGGACAUACAGUUCACAUUUCCACUCACCUUCAGAGAGCUGAAUGUGCUGAAAGAGAAAAAGUUCAGCUUGAUGGAACUUGUUCAUCACUUCUUUACUGAAACCAAAGAAGCAGGAAUCUGCAGGUUUGAACAGUUCCAGGUCAUGUUCAUCUUUGAUGGUCUGGAUGAGUGUCGACCUCCUCUGGACUUCCACAACACUGAGAUUCUGACUGAUGUUACAGAGUCCACCUCAGUGGACGUGCUGCUGACAAACCUCAUCAGGGGGAAACUGCUUCCCUCUGCUCGCCUCUGGAUAACCACACGACCUGCAGCAGCCAAUCAGAUCCCUCCUGAGUGUGUUGACAUGGUGACAGAGGUCAGAGGGUUCACUGACCCACAGAAGGAGGAGUACUUCAGGAAGAGGUUCAGAGAUGAGGAGCAGGCCAGCAGGAUCAUCUCCCACAUCAAGACAUCACGAAGCCUCCACAUCAUGUGCCACAUCCCAGUCUUCUGCUGGAUCACUGCUACAGUUCUGGAGGAGGUGUUGAAGACCAGAGAGGGAGGAGAGCUGCCCAAGACUCUGACUGAGAUGUACAUCCACUUCCUGGUGGUUCAGACCAAACUGAAGAACAUCAAGUAUGAUGGAGGAGCCGAGACAGAUCCACACUGGGGUAAAAAGAACAGGACAAUGAUUAAGUCUCUGGGAAAACUGGCUUUUGAGCAGCUGCAGAAAGGAAACCUGAUCUUCUAUGAAUCAGACCUGACAGAGUGUGGCAUUGAUAUCAGAGCAGCCUCAGUGUACUCAGGAGUGUUCACACAGAUCUUUAAAGAGGAGAGAGGGCUGUACCAGGACAAGGUGUUCUGCUUCAUCCAUCUGAGUGUUCAGGAGUUUCUGGCUGCUCUUCAUGUCCAUCUGACUUUCAUCAACCAUGGAGUCAAUCUGCUGUCAGAAGAACAAUCAGCCUUCCUGUGGUUAAAACUGUUUAAAGACAAACCUGAACCAACAUAUUUUUACCAGAGUGCUGUGAACAAGGCCUUAGAGAGUUCAAAUGGACACCUGGACUUGUUCCUCCGCUUCCUCCUGGGUCUUUCACUGCAGACCAAUCAUACUCUCAUACGCGGUAUGCUGACACAGACAGGAAUUAGCUUACAGACCAAUCUGGAAACAGUCCAGUACAUCAAGAAGAAGAUCAGUAAGAGUAUCUCUGUAGAGAAAAGCAUCAACCUGUUCCACUGUCUGAAUGAAAUGAAUGAUCGUUCUCUAGUGGAGGAAAUCCAACAGUAUCUGAGAUCAGGAAGUCUCUCCAUAGAUAAACUGUCUCCUGCUCAAUGGUCAGCUCUGCUCUUCAUUUUACUGUCAUCAGAAAAAGAUCUGGAUGUGUUUGACCUGAAGAAAUAUUCUGCUUCAGAGGAGGCUCUUCUGAGGCUGCUGCCAGUGGUCAAAGCCUCCAACAAAGCUCUGCUGAGUGGCUGUAACCUCUCAGAGAAAAGCUGUGAUGCUCUGUCCUCAGUUGUCAGCUCCCAGUCCUCUAGUCUGAGAGAGCUGGACCUAUGUAACAAUGACCUGCUGGAUUCAGGGGUGAAAUUGCUGUGUGUUGGACUGGUGAGUCCACACUGUACACUGGAAGCUGUCAGACUGAGUGGCUGUAACCUCUCAGAGAGAAGCUGUGAUGCUCUGUCCUCAGUUCUCAGCUCCCAGUCCUCUAGUCUGAGAGAGCUGGACCUAUGUAACAACGACCUGAAGGACUCAGGAGUGAAGUUGCUGUCUGCUGGGCUGGAGAGUACACACUGUAAACUGGAAUUUCUCAGUCUGGCAGGCUGUCUGGUCACAGAGAAAGGCUGUGCUUUUCUGGCUUCAUCUCUGAGCUCCAACCCCUCCCAUCUGAGAGAACUGAACCUGAGCUACAAUCACCCAGGUGACUCAGGAGUGAAGUUGCUGUCUGCUGGAGUGGAGGAUCCACACUGGCGACUGGAAACUCUCAGGGUGGACCAUGGUGGACCACAGAGACUGACACUUGGUGUGAUGAAGUACGCCUGUGAACUGGAACUGGACACAAACACGGUACACAGAAACCUCAAACUCUCUGACAACAACAGGACAGUGACAUGGGUGGAGGAGGAUCACUCAUAUCCUGAUCAUCCAGCAAGAUUUGACUUCUGGCUUCAGCUGCUGUGUAGAAAUGGUCUGACUGGUCGCUGUUACUGGGAGGUCGAGUGGAUAGGAGAGGUUCAUAUAUCAGUGAGUUACAGAGGAAUCAGAAGGAAAGGAAACAGUAAAGACUGUGUGUUUGGAGGAAAUGAUCAGUCCUGGAGUCUGUACUGCUCUCAUCAUGAUGGUUACUCUGUCAGGCACAACUACAGAGAAACAUCCAUCUCCUCCUCCUCUGUAUCUAACAGAGUAGCAGUGUAUGUGGACUGUCCUGCUGGCACUUUGUCCUUCUACAGAGUCUCCUCUGACACACUGACCCACAUCCACACCUUCAACACCACAUUCACUCAACCUCUGUAUCCUGGGUUCAGGAUCUGUAUUCAUUCCUCAAUGUCUCUGUGUCGUCUGUAGGUCUUAGAGUCUCUCCUGGGGACAGAAACCCUGCUGACUGCAGGUCAGCUGCUGAAAUCAAAGUUGACUCUGUUUACCAUCACACACACUCUGCUCUGUGAAGCUGAUCCAUCUCAGACUCAGACACUAAACAUUAAUUUGUCUGAUUUCAUCACUUUGACAAUCUACAUUUUAACACUAAUAUAAGGAUUUUCAUGAUGUAUAAUAAUUAUUUUUGUCUCAGUUCCUGAAUGUAAAGGAAAAAUAUCUACUGUUAGCAACAUGUUUUUAAUUGAUUGAUUAUUUGAGUCAAAAUAUUUUGAUAUUCAGGAUUUAAUAAUCCAGGUCGGGAUUGAAAGGAUUUGUAGAAAUGAUUAAUCAGACCAAAUGUUUCAUCGGAAGUGGAAAUGAAAUGAAUAUAUGUCAUCAAA